GUCAACAGCAAUGGCGGCAGGAGAGGAGGUUCUGCCAUUGCCAACCUCGAGCGACGACGGCUGGGAAAAAGAUCUUGAAGAAGCUCUGGAGGCUGGAGGCUGUGAUCUUGAGACUUUGAGAAAUAUAAUUCAGGGUAGAACCCUGCCUGCUGACCUGAGGGCCAAAGUCUGGAAGAUUGCUCUAAACGUUGCAGGAAAAGGUGAUAGUUUGGCAUCAUGGGAUGGUAUUUUAGACUUGCCAGAACAAAGUGCUAUUCACAAAGAUUGUUUGGAGUUGAUUGACCAACUUUCAGUGCCAGAAGAGAAGGCAGCAGAAUUACUUUUGGAUAUUGAAUCUGUUAUUACCUUUUAUUGUAAAUCACGUAAUAUUAAAUACAGCACAUCCCUUAGCUGGAUACAUCUUCUCAAACCACUGGUGCAUCUUCAACUGCCUCGCAGUGAUUUAUACAACUGCUUUUAUGCUAUCAUGAAUAAAUACAUUCCCAGGGAUUGUUCAAUGAAGGGGAGACCAUUUCAUCUUUUCCGAUUACUCAUCCAAUAUCAUGAGCCUGAGCUUUGUUCUUUUCUUGAUACAAAGAAAAUUACUCCAGACUCCUAUGCACUCAACUGGCUUGGAAGCCUUUUUGCCUGCUACUGUUCCACCGAAGUCACUCAGGCAAUAUGGGAUGGAUAUCUACAACAAGCAGACCCAUUUUUUAUUUAUUUCUUAAUGUUAAUAAUCCUUGUUAAUGCAAAGGAAGUUAUUUUAGCACAGGAGUCUGAUAACAAAGAAGAAGUUAUUCAAUUAUUGGAAAAUACCCCGUCCAGUUUGAAUACGGAAGAUACAGAAGACCUUUUCUCUCUGGCUCAGUACUAUUGCAGUAAAACACCAGCUUCAUUUAGGAAGGAUAAUCACCAUCUAUUUGGUAGUACUUUGUUGGGAAUAAAGGAUGAUGAUGCAGAUUUGAGUCAAGCUCUUUGUCUGGCUGUUUCCGUAUCAGAGAUUCUUCAAGCAAAUCAGCUGCAAGGGGAAGGAGUCCGGUUCUUUGUGGUGGAUUGCCGUCCUGCAGAGCAGUAUAAUGCUGGGCAUUUAUCAACUGCUUUCCACUUAGAUUCAGAUCUGAUGCUUCAGAAUCCAUCUGAAUUUGCACAGUCAGUAAAGUCCUUGCUGGAAGCACAGAAACAGUCCAUUGAAUCUGGCUCCAUUGCUGGAGGGGAGCAUCUGUGCUUUAUGGGCAGUGGCCGAGAGGAAGAAGACAUGUACAUGAACAUGGUUCUGGCACACUUUUUACAGAAAAGCAAAGAAUAUGUGAGCAUUGCCAGUGGAGGAUUUAUGGCACUGCAACAGCACUUGGCAGACAUUAAUGUGGAUGGACCUGAAAAUGGAUAUGGCCAUUGGAUUGCUAGUACCUCAGGAUCUAGAAGCAGUAUCAAUUCUGUUGAUGGUGAAUCUUCUAAUGGCUCAAAUGAUAGAGGAAUGAAAUCAUUAGUAAAUAAAAUGACUGUUGCUUUGAAGACAAAGUCUGUUAAUGUCAGGGAAAAAGUCAUCAGUUUUAUUGAAAAUACAUCAACUCCUGUGGACCGAAUGUCUUUCAAUCUUCCUUGGCCAGACAGAACAUGUACAGAGCGGCAUGUGAGCAGCAGUGACAGAGUGGGCAAGCCUUACCGUGGUGUAAAACCUGUUUUCAGCAUUGGGGAUGAAGAAGAAUAUGACACAGAUGAAAUCGACAGUUCUUCAAUGUCAGAUGAUGAUAGAAAAGAGGUUGUAAACAUUCAGACUUGGAUAAACAAACCAGACAUCAAGCAUCAUUUUCCUUGUAAAGAGGUGAAAGAAAGUGGACACAUGUUUCCUAGUCACCUGUUGAUUACUGCAACACAUAUGUACUGUUUAAGGGAAAUUCUUUCACGAAAAGGACUGGCUUAUAUACAAUCUCGACAAGCACUAAAUUCUAUCGUUAAAAUUACAUCCAAAAAAAAACAUCCUGAGCUAAUUACCUUCAAGUUUGGAAACAACAGUGCUUCAGGAAUGGAAAUCUUGGCAAUUGAAAGGUAUUUGAUUCCAAAUGCAGGAGAUGCAACCAAAGCCAUCAAACAACAGAUCAUGAAAGUUUUGGAUGCUUUGGAAAGUUAAUGCACAAGAAAAUUAUUUAAAAGAAAUCAAAGCAACCAAGAGAAACUAGGACAUAUUUUCCUGACUGGAUGUUAACUGGAGACUUUUCAUUUGCUCAAGAGUAGCAGCUCAAAGAAAGUGUAAAUUAUUAUACUUUAAUGGAAGAGCAGAUUUAAGAAAGUAUAAAUUAUUAUAAUCAAUCUCUGGGCCGCUUUUUAUUUUAUUUUCAUUUUUGGUUUUGUAAAACACUUUGUUAUAUAAAGCUCAGUUAUUAAAUGACUUUCAAGAAACUGACCCUGUGUCCUCAGGAACCUGAGGGUACAGAAUGCAGUUCUGUUUUGAAGAGCUGUUUCAAGGAAAUAGGCAUCACUUUCAGAUUUAACAGUAAA